GUCUUCCCCGGCUAGUCUCACAUUCUAAUUGCAGUUCUUGAUGAGAUACAGGAUGUGUAACCAGUGACCUCAUCGUGCUAGGCCAGUAACCGUCUUUGUCCGUGGUUAUCUUCGCCCCAGGGAAGAACAACUGACAAAUAUCUGGUGCCUUAGCUGGAAAUGAAGAGUCUGUGAUGUUCAUUUCUAACUGAAGAGAUUAGAUGUGAGCAUCAGUCCUGUAUUUGUCCGGUUAAAAAAAAUUAAAACGGAUCGAUUCGAGUGCUCUGAACUUAAAAAAGUUUUACUUAAAUUAGUGAGUAUUACUAUAAUUAGAAGUCUGAGCUAACGAUUUGGGAGACAACAUAAUAACCAAGUUAAUCACACCGCCUGCCUCAUUAACUGUCACUAUAAUGGCAACUUCGGUAGAUUGCGAGCGUACGCUUUAGCGUCACAUCAUUGUCUUCACGUAAUGAGCUCUAUGGUCGCAAUGAAAAAAUCUGAAUCGUUCAAAGCUUGUGACACUUACGAGCACGGAGUGUUGAUUGACGUAAUGAACUUGAAAAUAUAUUAAUAAUCAUAAUAUCGGACAACACAUUGACAAAUUCAAAUUUUAGUGGUUGCUAUGUUACAUGUUUCUUCGAGGUACUACAAGUCAUUUCUUGAAUUUCAUGAAGAUUCAUAAUUAUUAUAAGAAAUUGAACACCUCAAAAUGGUACAGCGAACUGAUACCAUGGUACCUGAAAUUGAUAUCAAAACUGAAAACGACGAUAUUUUGAUGUCAUGCGCUCACAAUGAACAAAACGGUUCAAAAUCACUCAUUCGUGGCUCAUUUAGCUUGAGGGAUCAAAACAGUGGACCGUUACUCAGCUUGUUCAACUUGAAUACUAAUCCUAACACUGAAUAUCCAACACACCCAAACAACAUGAACCAUCAAGGCAACUCAACCAACCAGCAGCUUGAUCACAGAUUAAGUGACACUACUUUCAAAACUGAAAAACAUAUGGAUUACUCCAGUGAUUUUCCACAAUCAUAUUAUGGACAACAGAUUAUGAACGUCCAUGAAACGUCUUCAUGUUCGCCGGCAACAUGCACCACAGUCUCCACAUAUUCGUCCACAGUCAAUAGAGGUUCCAACGAUACCCACGAUACGAACUCAUCUCAGGUCAAACGGGGCAUCAAGAGACCAAUUUCUGACAUCGAGAACGAUGACGAUACUCAGAGUACAAGUUCGAGUAUCUCGAAUGAGAGCGACAGGUCGCACCGUCAUCGCAAGAGAACAACCCAUCAAAGUUACCAAGAGAUUCAACAAGCCCGAAGUUUGGCCAACGUCCGAGAACGACAAAGAACUCAGAGUUUAAAUGAAGGUUUCAGUUCUCUCAGAAGAAUUAUACCAACUUUACCGUCCGACAAACUUUCCAAAAUCCAGACUUUAAAACUGGCCAUUCGUUAUAUUGACUUUUUGUACCAAGUUUUGGAGACAGACCACCACGACGCAAGGCUAGCGUCAUCGUGCAACUACGUAGCGCACGAGAAGCUUAGCUACGCUUUUAAUGUAUGGAGGAUGGAAGGAGCUUGGGGAGGACAUCUAUGAUACGCACUGAUUGGAAAAAUAUUGAGAACGCCCCUGGCAGCCAUGACUCUGACCUCAGACGACGAGGCAAGACGACGAAUAUCAACUGGGGCGAUUUCGAUCAACUCAUCGAGUAUCACUUCUGCACGAGAAGACGGACUACAGUUGUUCUAAAUCUGUAAAGAAAUGAUCAUCGAGAUUUUAAAGUAGAUGGUUCAAUGUCAUAAAUAUGAGAGGUAUUGAUAAAUUCUUCCAUUGAAAUCAGCACUCGAUGAAAAAUUUUCCUUCAGCCGAGGCAAAAAAGAUCGUCGAGACUUUUAAAUAGAUGGUUCACUGUCAUAUAUAUGAGAAGUACUAGUAAGCUCAUCCCUCAUGUGUCUUUGAAAUCUGCACUCAAUAAAAAAAAUUCCUUCAGCCUAGAUACAAAUUUCAAUCAUGAUUGUUACUGUUUGUACGGUUGUUCCUCGUGAAUGUGGAAAAUUUUUCUGUCAUUCGAAGUGAACAAUCGUUCGUCACAUGACCGUAGCAUAUGAACGUACGUAGCUCUAGACGAUAUUUGUCCGAUUUCGUCAGUUGGGUGAAUACAUAGUUCGUAAUUCAACUGCAUUUUGAAUCUUAACGCUGAUAGUAGACAAUGCCAUGACACAUAUUAUGUAACGUCAGGAAGGUAAGCAUUUGAGUCGCUAUUUAAAAAUACAACAAAGUUGACUUUUUUAAUUUCUGUUACCCAAAUAUUGACACAAAUAUCAAAUUUGGCAAUGUAACGUGUUCUUGAAAUUUAUUGGCGGUUUGAUGCACACAGAAAAUAUUUAUU